AUAAUAUAUAGAGUAAAUGAAAUCCGGAAGAGUUCGACAGUUAGUCUGCCGUAUGGGAAGGCAUCCCAACCCGGAUCUGAUGGACAGUCAGCUCCACACGAAUCUGUACCACAAAUAACGGACGAAAAACGAGGAAAAGAAUGCUCACAACAGCCCACUAUCAAAGUGGACGUUCCCAACGAUGAACACCUUAUGAACCCCUCGCCGGUGGUGCUCUCACCCCCACCGCCGACCGCAAGUCCAACCAUUUCGGACUAUUCGCGUCCGGACUCGAGAUGUGUUUCGGGCAACACUUCGCCCGAAAUCGCUGCCAAUCGAUGUUAUACUCAAUUAUUUUCCAUUAAAGACGAUAACAAGCAUUUGAUUGCCAUUUCAUUACACUCUAACGAAUUGAGCGUUUGGAACAUUGCCGAAGAGCGGGCCGUUCGUACCGUACGGGGCAUUAGUCAGCCCCGAGACGUCAAAAUGACCGAUCGCUUCCGGGCGGUAGUGCUCUGCGAUCGCGAACUCAAACUUUAUGAUCUAAAUAAGGGAACGCUUGAAACCAAAUUAAAAGGAGUUAUGAAUCAAAAAAUGCCUUAUUAUGGCUUACAUGAGGACAAGUAUGUGGUGGCACUCUCUCGGAACCGGAUGUACGUCAACAUGAUUAACAUUACAACUGGGGAUUUGGAGACGACAUUCAAAGUAGGAGAGGAUAGGUUUCUCAAUAGUCUGCUCGUCAGCGCAAACGGACAGAUAUGCGUUUGCGGCGAUGAAACUCAAAAACCCUUCCCAUUAUUGGUUUGGGACCUAACGAAUCGUAAACUACUUUAUGAUCUGCGAAUACCUCAUCACGAAUUCAUUACCCGAUUGUCUGCCAUCAGUAAUGAUGGCCAUUAUGUCGUCAGUGUUUGCAAAGAAUUGAACACAUCGUCUCCCAAUUCAAUCAUUGUAUACGACCUCCAAAGCGGUACACUAUUUAAGAAAUGGAAACCCGAAAGCAAUUCCGUGAGUAUUGCAAUGUCUACGCAAUCGGGUUGUGUCAUCAAUGGUGUCGACAGUGGCGAUGUCUUAGUAUGGGAUUUAUCUACCGGUACCAAAAAACAUACUCUGAGUGGACACACCUCAGCACCCAAUGUAUUACAGGCAGCGGAAAAUACUAAUCUCUUCCUAUCGUAUGACUCGACCAAUUCUGACCCUAACAUCAGGAUUUGGGAACUCGACUCUGGGUCGUGUCUAAUGGUUUACACCCCCGAGAGUCAGAUCAGUUGCUGUCGACUGUCACCUGACGGCACAGCACUGAUGUUCGGGGCAGAAGACACCACUUGUGACACGAUGUAUGACGAAGAGGAGGGGUUGGGAGAGGAGGAGACGAUGGAGAUCACGUCAGAUGUGUGGCAGGAAGCAUGUUGGAUUGUCAUCAGCUCCUACUUCGACGAGAAGGGUCUCGUCCGCCAACAGUUGGACUCUUUCGAUGAGUUCAUCCAAAUGUCUGUCCAACGCAUUGUCGAGGACUCGUCCGCCAUUGAACUCCAGGCUGAGGCACAGCACGCGUCGGGAGAGGUGGAGAACCCGCACCGCUAUGUCCUGAAGUUUGAACAAAUUUAUUUGUCUAAACCCACGCAUUGGGAGAAAGACGGAGCGCCGACACCAAUGAUGCCAAACGAGGCCCGACUCCGCAAUCUGACGUAUUCGGCGCCACUCUAUGUCGAUAUCACCAAAACCAUCAUCAGAGAGGGCGAAGAGCCCAUCGAAACGCAACACCAGAAGACAUUUAUCGGCAAAAUCCCGAUUAUGUUGCGCUCGACUUACUGUCUGUUGAGUGGACUAACGGAUCGGGAUUUGACUGAAUUGAAUGAGUGUCCAUUAGAUCCGGGCGGCUAUUUCAUUGUGAACGGCUCCGAGAAGGUGCUGAUCGCUCAGGAGAAGAUGGCCACCAAUACUGUGUACGUCUUCUCGCUGAAGGACUCCAAGUAUGUCUACAAAGCCGAGUGCCGGUCCUGUAUUGAGCACUCGUCCCGACCGACGAGCACUCUGUGGGUGAAUAUGUUAUCGCGUGGAGCGCAGGGCGGGAAGAAGACGGCCAUCGGUCAGCGUAUCAUUGCUAUCAUUCCGUACAUCAAACAAGAGAUCCCAAUCAUGAUUGUGUUCCGAGCGCUGGGAUUCGUUGCCGACAGAGAUAUUCUCGAACACAUAAUCUACGACUUCGAAGACCCGGAAAUGAUGGAAAUGGUUAAGCCGUCGCUCGACGAGGCGUUUGUGGUUCAGGAGCAGAACGUGGCGCUCAACUUCAUCGGCGUUCGCGGCGCCCGACCGGGAGUU